GAAUUACUCAUGUGUCACAACAAAACAUAUGGCGGCAAACGUAAUAGUAUUAGACUUUCCUUUUACAAAAGUCGAAGAAAACAAAAAAAUUGGCGAGGGAAAACUAAACGAAGCGAUACAUGCCGUAUGUGCACUUUUAAACAGCAACGGUGGAAUCCUCAAGUUGCAUUCGGCUACGAAAGAAACUUUUAACUUCGACAAAUUGGUUAGGAAAUUCGAGCAACGUAUUAAAGAGCUCGUAGGUUGUUUUGAAAGUUGUAAAAACUUUGAGGUACUAUCGAUCCCGUCGGGUGAGAAAUACACCGAAGUUGUUUUUGGAAUAGCAAGCUCAGAGGACUUUUGCACCGUGAACUACCAUUUAUAUUUGCCGCAUGAAACGCAAGUGAAUUUAAUCGCGCCGACCGAACCGUUAAAAAACGUACGUAGUAUUCUAACCGGGCCACGACUUAUAGAAUGCGAACAGCUAAUACAGCUCGGAUCACAUCGAAAAAAUUUUAUCGAAGGGGAAAAUAUCGGCUCUCCUGAAUCGAAAACCGAACAAUUUAAGAAAGUUAAGUGCGAAGCAACGAAGAACGUGUCAUUAGCGGACCGUAUGGUCAGCAAACACAUUAGAUUCGCGUGUUAUGUUUCAGCUUUUGCCAACCACCGAGGCGGGCAUAUAUAUUAUGGUAUAAAAGAUGACGGCUCGGUCGAAGGCGAGAUUUGUGGCCAGAACGACGAAGAGGUUAGAUGUUUCGACAAUUGUUUUAUUAUCUUUAUUUAAUUUGUUAAAGGCAUAACAUAGGAUUUUAGUUGUAAAUUGGGCCGAUUUGCUUGUACAAGAGGGGGAUAAUCCGUCAACACGCUAAGACGCAUUGCCAUGCUCAAAUCUCCGUCACAGUGUGAACUAGGGGCUGUUCAUAUGAGCCAGGCCAGCCCGGCUAUAGCCGAGAUGGAUCGUAUCAGGACAUUUUUUCCUGAAUAUUAAAAGUUCGUUUGAAUGAACUUUAUACCGCUACUAGAUCAAACUAAGCGAACUGUGAAAUGUCAUUUUGAUGUUUAUCGAAGACGUGAUAAGAGGUUUAUUAAACCGAUCAUCCCGGGUAACCGGGCCAGCCCAGCCCCAUAUGAAAGCCCCCUAGAGCUUAAACACCGUCUGGAUGAACCUAGGCUGUCCUCGCUCAAAACGUCGACGUUCUUGAUAUAUUUUUCUGGUAGUUCGAUGCCGUAAUCCUUCAAGCAUGUCGUCUGGCAAUGGCCCGAUUUUACACGAGACGGAUGUCCGUUUUGGCAAAGAAAUGUUAUUUCGUCUGAUAAUUUGUCUGUGUAUCGACGAAACGUGCUUGCGCUUGGUGUCUCAGACAAAAAUUUGGUUUUUCGUACGUAUUUGACUGGAAUUUGCUUCGGGCAGGGAAACAUUUUCACUGCAAUAGUAAACUGGAAUCAACAUCUUACAAAAUAUCUUUCUGACAGCUGAUAAUAGCGGUAUGAUUGGCUGAAAUUUUAACGGAAUUUUAACAUCAGAGAACCGGUGUAUUAAACUAUCUUUCUAUCCAUCUAUGUAGGUUAUCACUGCCAGAGUUAACAAAGCUAUAUGUAAAAUGCUUUGGCCAAAUAACGCUCCGCAAAGAGGCAAACAUUGGGAUAUAUUCUUCGAGCCGGUUACAGACAGCGGAUAUAAACAAAUCCCAUCAACCUUUGUGGUCGUGGUCACGGUGGUGCAAUGUGCCGGUGGGGUUUUCGCCGAGAAACCGGAAAGCUAUCGAGUUGUUAACGGGAAACCGGAAGCCAUCCCAUUCGAGAUUUGGAAGAAAUGCAUCAGCUCAAAGCAGAGGUCUCCAGAGUGCGACGGAGGAAAGGCCAUGGGUUCGAGGUCAAGCUCAAAUCACAACUCAAACCUUCACAGGUGAGAACGGGGGGGGGAGGCUUACUACUUAUUUAAGUCUGCCACUAGUUUGAGUUUGGCAAAUACAACGUCAACGUCAAUGAGGGCGUGCUCAUCGACAAUAGCAAUACUCUGAGACAAAGGCGACUCUAAACUGUUCAAGGGUGCAUGAAAUUUAAGUCGGUUCUUUAAUUUUUUCUAUGUCAAGUGUGCUUGUUCAAAAGUUACAAUCUUUGACAAAAACAAACUUUGUCGCCCAUCCCCUAAGUUCAAUGCUGGAAAUAUCGCCGAAACAACUUUUGGUAAUUUACCAUGACACAAGCUCAACAUUGAGUUGGGGGGGGGGGGGGUAAUUAAGAAGCGUAACAGGAUUCAACAUCAGAGGGAAAAAUAGUCUCAACCAGGUAGGUCCAAGAUUGUAGCAUACAAGCUAUAUAUAUCGACAUGAGUCACCUUCAUAUGUUCACGACUGCAAAGCAGGCUGAAAAUACUGCUAUUGUUAUUUGUAGGUUUGCGAAUCGCAGAGAUAAAGUCCUGACUGGCAUACCACGUCGUAAAGGGGGUGCGACCAAGUUGGAACAGUCAUGUUUACAGAGCAGAGAGCGUUUGGCAAGAUUUCGUAACAACGGGAACACAACUGGUUUUGAGAAAUACGCCAAAGAGCUUGCCAAUCAAGCAGAUUGUUUUAACGCCAUAGUUUGGCAGCAAAGAGCAGCAUGCAAAUACAGAGAACACCAGUUUGAGGAGGCAUACGAGUUCCUUCAGAGAAGUAAAAGUCUUUUAGCAUUAGGUAUGAAAAAUCUAUGGGCUUGGAGUUGAGAAAAAUCAUCUAACAAGCUAGACAUGUCUGACGAUUCGUCUUUCUUAGCGUAAACACAAGACGUACAAUCCAGAGGACCAGCUAGAAUAUUACAAUCUAUACAGGAAAUGGUCUUAGGAACAAAUCAUGCCAGCUAUUUUCCUGAUAUUUCGUCUAAGGUCCGUUUACACUAGUUGGUAUGAUUUUCUUCUUCUGAUAAAUGUGAAUAAGUGGACGAGUUAGGAAUGUUCAGAUGAGAGUAUAUAUAUACUCCCUCAUCAUAUAUUCCCAACUGAUCUACUCGAAUCAGUGAAAUGGCUGGACUAGCAUGAUAAUGGACCUUUAACCUUAUAACUAAAAUUUUGAUCUAGACAAAAAGUUCAUCACAGCUUGAAAGAGCAUCACAAAAUUAGUAAUAUUCCAAAGUUUCGUUGUGAAAUGUUGUAAAAUGCGGAUAAUAUAGCCCGGCGAAGUUUGCAAUUUUCAGUCAUUUUAGAUUACAAACGGGAAAUUGAUACCCAAAAACGGCAAAUUUCGCAAGGCUAUAUUAUCCGCAAUUUACAACAUUUCGCAACGAAACUUUGGAAUAUUACUAAUUUUGUGAUGCUCUUUCAAGCUGUGAUGAAAUUUUUGUCUAGAUCAAAAUUUUAGUUAUAAGGUUAAAGGUCUAUUUGCUGAUAGUUUAUUCUAUUAAAUGCCGUAUCAAUAUACAUAGCUUGAUCUUGCCAGAAGAAUCAACGAGACAAACUGGCUAGAAUAAAGUACUCUAUAUACUGGUAAUGAUUCUGGGAAGCAACUACAAAGUACAAACGUUCUUCUCAAAGGCGUAUGAAAUUAUAACCAUACAACCACAUAUUGCAGAAAUCGAACAGAGGUCACACUAACUAAUGUGACACAAACGCCCCAGAAUUUACAACAUUCUGUAUUCUCUUAUAUAGCUCACGAGAGUCAUCCAGUCUUAGAAAUUGAGAAUCUCUACUGGGAAUCUCUAGUCAGUCGCGUUCUAGGAAAUUACAAAGAAUGCGACAGUUAUCGAAGACUAGGAAUGCAGCAAAUGGAAUCGUGUCCGCCAGACAUCAUUGGUGCCUGGUUCUUUUUCCAGGAAGCCCGUGCGAUAGAGCGGCUUAUUUCUUGGAAUCCUUGCCAGAUGUCCAACCAAAUACCUCAAGCGAGACUUUGUUAUAUCGAAGCACUGAGACAGGCCUCGAUGUUGGAAGAAUCGACGAGCGUAGCCGAGUUAAAGCAGAGAUGUCACACACGUUUGGCGAUGCUACAUCUUGGCUGCUUCUUCCACGAAAGCGAAAUCACACGAACACAAGAUGUAGUACAGCACGACAUCGAAGAAGCUGAGAAAAUGCUUGAGGUUGUGAACAGGUCUAGUAGGUAAGCUGGUUGUUUUGCCAUAGUAGUAGAAGAUUUGUAUGUGUAAUGACUCUUGUCCAAUGAUAAUAAUUUUUUCAUGCGGCGAAAACCCUCGAAGCAUAGGAGAAAAUCAUUGUUUCCAGCUUGUUGACAAGUUGUCAACGGCUUGUUGACUUGUUCCAAGUUGUUCCAACAACUUGUUAUCGUCCUGCAAUUCAAAAAAUUUGUCAACAAGUUGUGAGUGACGACCUUGUAGCAACUUGAUAAAAUAACAACAUUGUUACAACUUGUUGACAAGCUUGCUACAAGCUUGUUGCGAACACAUCUUGUUGACCGCAAGUUGUCGUACAUAUAUGCGACGUUCGGUUGUUAUUUUAGGGUGCAAGGAUGGCCGUUGACAGAAUUCUGUCGUUGCGAGUACCUCUUGGCAAGAGCACAGCAGAAUGUACGAAAUUGGCAACAGUUACAGGACGAGUACUUCUUAGAGUUAGCCCAAGAGGAGAGCAGCAAGGCACAUGAUAUUUGCGAGAAGAAAAAUUUUCAAGAAAUGAUGAAUUUUGUAGAUGCUGAACUUGAUGAGAUUAAUCACUUGAACUGUACAUAGAUUAUAUAUUGUGAUAUAAUAAGUUAAAUUCCGCUAAGAGACUGUAUUAUAUAUAAACUAGAUAGUUCAAUCAGUUCUAAACUGCUCUCCCUAGAAUCACCCCAGGCAAAGCAUGAAAGUUCAAAGAACUAAAAAGAAGAACUGAGAUUUCCAGCAUGGUGGCUGGCGCUAGUCUAACCAAACUAUCUUUAUUUAUACUGAAUAGCUCUAUCAGUAAUGGACUUAGAGGUGGUCUUAGAGGUCAAAAGUAAGCCAAUCCCUCGUUGGACCGUUGGUCACUGCACCACAGGGGGAACCUAAACUAUACUUACUUUGUUAACACUGGAUAGCUCUUACCUCAGUCUCUGGGAUCCAGUAUAAGGGUUGACAGAGGUAUUGAUGUUUAAUUAUCCAGGAUAAGUUAUAUUUCACGCCAUAUAGCUACAGUAUUUGAUGUAAGUAUGCGCU